AUGCCGUACCUUGCCGUUGCGUUUGAAUUUCAAUCAUCACCCAACUGCAACUGGGAGCCGUCAAAGAGGGCACGGAACGUCUCAGAAGAUGAAGAUUACCAGAUCCUUGCCGAUUACCGUGUGCUUGCCGAAUACCAUUACAAGCUAAGGGAGUUCGAGAGAACCGAGUUGAGAAAAUUGGAAAUACUUAUAUAUGAAGAUGCGGCAGAGCUGCUGCUGUGUGCACGGGGAAGCAUGGUUGCUUUUAUAGUGAAAUGGAUCUUCUUCAGCCAAAUAUUCGACAUGGAAAACAAGUCAAACCUACGCUCUCCGAAAUUAGGAGAGUGGAGCAGCUGGAGUAGGAGGCACAACAGAAGAAGCACAAAACAUGGCAAUACUCAGGCGUUAUACUCCGAAGCUUUUACGGCCUUCCAGACCUGGACGGUGUACGCAAGCCCGAACUCGUUCAGGCCCAAGUAA